GCACUUAAACGCACCAGUCGACACACUCCGGACAGCCGACGGUGGAGGAGCCACUGAAGGAAUCCAGAAGUUGACUGAGCCAAGUUCACAUACCGUAAAGAAGGAGGAGUAACGAGCUCAUUCUUAAACGAGGAGGGUUAACUGUAAGUAUUGACUCCCCAGAUAACUAUCCCAGACUCUUGUAACUCUUCACUCAGUCGGUUUAAGUGACGACGUUAGGCGGUUGACAGGAAAGCGGAACUAGCUAACACAGGGAGCUAACUGGGCAGCAGCACGUUAGCUGAAGUUUCCACUCUGGACCCUACAGCCUUGUUUACCAAACUAGAGCCCAACAGGAACUCAUUAAACAAUGUAAGAAAACUUAUCUGUGCUUUAAAAAACUUUGGGGAACACUUUAUACUUCAUGUGAAACUCUUUUGUGAGGUUUUAAAGCGCUAUGUUGAGGAUUUAAGGGGUGUUUUCGGGGUGUGGGGGAAACUCCUUCUGGUCAUUCAACCAACAGUCACCUGUUUGUCAAAUGAUCCUGACUGAAUAACCUCACUUUCAGCACUUUUAACCAUCUCUCUGUUCGCAGGUUAACUAAAAUCACAUGCUUGGACAUAAAGUGGCUCUGUUUUAAUGAUUUACCAUCUGCCAUAGUCUCCCUUAUGUCAUCAGAUAUGUCAGACAGCUGCAGGUCUCUGAAACUCAGGACUCUUAUCUUUAUGACCUAUAAAACUCUCUUAAAGGGACCAAAGAUUGUGAUCUAGGUUUGGUCUCUACAGCAUGAUGUCAUUGGCCCUCAUGUUGUUUGUUUUGGUUGCAGCUCUGCGUUUUAAGUCGUCCUGAAACAUUGUACACCUUCUUUCUAACAAAAAUGAUAGUCCCCUUCAUGACCAAGAAGGGAAAAUAUAUCCAGACUUUUGAGUUUUUAAAAAGAUCAAGAUUAAGGAUAUGAAGACAGGAUGAUGACAAUGAGACAGGACACUAGUCAGAUCUGGAGGAACAGGUUUGGGUAGAGGAACGAGAAAUGUGUUUCCCCGUAGGAGCUGUUGUGUUACCACACUUUCUGUUGCUGCUGUGAAGAAACUCAGACAUGAACGGGUACGUCUUUUAAGCUUGUUAAAUUAUCCUUCCUGUGGCUGUGAUCACUGUAUUUUGUUGUCAAAGCGAUGAGCUGUUACUGUGUGUGAAGUGUGAAAAUGUAGGGCUUACUGUUUUCGCUGCACAGGCAACAAGAUAAAUGCAGCGUGGCGUUUGUGUGUAACAUUCUCAUUACUGAAUCAUGAGGAUCGAUCGAUAAUCCAGCCAUGCACACAUCUGCUUUACUGGCACAUGUAACUGAUCUUUAACUGUUGACAUGUGCGCCCGCCCUUGUUUUGGUCUCCUUUUUCAAAACAGCCCAUUCAGGGCUUGACACUAACUUUUUUCACAAGGAGCACAUGAAUCCUAAAUUAAAUAUAAGGAGCACACAAGGAACUUUAGGGGCACAAUGAAAAUUCAUCAAAUUUUAUUGGUUGACAUUAGGGCCUGACUGAUAUGGAUUUUUGGGGGCCGAUACCAAUUAUUAGUGGGGAAAAAAUUUGAUUUCUGAUUACUUGGCCGAUUUUUUUAAUUUUUUAAUGAAGUUAUCUAUAUAAAAAAAAAAUAUAUAUAUAUAUAUAUACAUACUGUAGAUAGGCUAAAAUUGGCCGAUUUAAUUGGCUUGCUGAUAAAUCGGUCGGGCCCUAGUUGACAUAAGUACUAUUAUUUGAAAUAGAUUUUUAGGUCUUUUGGUCACAUGACAUAGAAACUAUAGAAGAAAAUGUUCAAAAUUUGUCUUUUAAAUUUAACAAAAAAAAUGUUACGAGGACAAUUGUCUGACUUAAGUAUCAUUAUUUGAAAUCAAUCUUAGGUCUUUUGGUCACAUGACAUGGAAGCUGUUGAAGGAAAACAGCCUUUUUUUAGAAAAUCAACCGUUAAUUUAUUGAUGGUCCCUUAUUCAACACCGACGUUGACAGCGAGGAUGCCGAGCAGAUUACACCGCGCUGCUGUUGUUAUUCCCGGUUAUGGAGCGUGAGAAGACACCGGUAGAUCCGUUGUGAAUGUCUGUGAAAGUCUGUGGAAUACCAACCUUAAACUAACUUCACCGUGGUAGUUACAUGAAAUAACAUUUGUUGCCUCGGCUAAUUUUUUUAUGCGCACAUGUGCCUCUAAAUACAUUUAACAAUUCGCACACACCUAUUUUUAGUCGCAAAUGAGAGCGAAGUGGUCGCACUGUCGAGCCCUGCCAUAUGUGUGAAGGAAUCUACCUUCAGUUUCUUCGCCAUAAACUCUCAUCACCGUCUUGCCAAGUCCAAUGAUCUGUUAAAAAAGCAGUCAAGCCUGUGUGAACCAGGUGCCCUCUCUCCUAAAGGGAAAAAAACGCAGAGUCAACAACGUUAAAUCCUCUGAACUGUCUGCCAAGUAGACUAUCUGUUUUUCCCUCUCUUCUGUUUUUUUUUUUUCUAAAUCCGGAUGUUUAGAUGGUUCAGGUUUGAAAGGGAACUUGAAGUUCAGAGGUUGGGUGAAAAAAAACAAAGAAAACUUAAAACGUGAAAGGAAAAGACGAUGACAGGAGUGGAGGAAAAGGAAACAGGAAUAAAGCUGUGUUCCUGAGUAUUAUCUUUGAACCCCUGGAAUAAUGACAGAGUUUUGUGUCCUUGGAUGUGCAUCCCUUCUCCAUCGUAGAAAACAGGCUGAAGUUUCUGCCUAUGACGAUCUUGAUCUCACGUUACCAUGCGAGUCCGCUGCUUCGACAGUCGCUUCAGUGCAUCCUGUGAUGUGGGACUGCAUGAAGGUCACUUAUUGCACAAAUCACAUUUAGCUUGUAUUGGAUUUGUAUCUGUUAAACCGUUCUGCCACAGGCCCAGCACAUGCUGCGAUCAGAGUGUAUCUCUAAAUGGAUUACCUGGAUCAACACAGUGAGACCACACCUAUUCCUCAAGUCCUGUGUGCCUCUGCUGCUCUGUGGUGUUGAAUUCAUAUAAAAACUUGCAUCACUCACAACAGCUUCUUCUUUGCAAACUAAAAGCUCUCCAAAGGUUACUCCAGUUGUUGUGUUUCUCUGAGAGUGGCGCUCGUACCUCCGCUUAACUUUUAAAGCUGUUCCUCCCAUUAAAGAAAUAACCCUGAAAGCACAGAAAAUCGUCCAAUUUCACAGUAAUUGGUCGACCAUGAUCAGCGUAUCCUGCUGCUGCUGCUUUAAAGUCUCUCGGUGACAUGUCCUUGCUGUUGCACAGUUUUAUUCGGAACCCAGAGGAGCCGUCAAAUGUGAGCACAGAGAAGUAACCGUUGUAGUUGUUCCUUUUUAAUUGUUUGUUUUAUCGCUCUUUUUAUGUUUUAAAGCUAGUGUACUCUGUGUUUAUGCUUCACUGUAUUUUUAAUAGUAAAAACUAGGGCCCGACUGAUUUAUCAGCGAGCCAAUUAAAUCAGCUAAUUUUAGCCCGUUUGAGACUAAUCGGUUAUCGGCCAAAUCUCACCGAUUUCGGCCGAUAUUUUCAGAAAUAAACUGCGGAGAAUAAGAUUCAGUUUCACAUCAAAAAUGUUCCGCCAUUUGAAAAGUUCCCCGACUUAUCCUGUAGAUGGCGCAGCAACCUCAUGACAGUCUUCAUCCACUAACUCCCUCACAGCGCAGCAGUGACCGAUCUGAAGCAGGCAGCUCAGGGACGCACGGAGGAGAGUGGUCCACCUCAACGGUAAAUAAACCAGUUUGUAAAAUACACAAUAAGUCAACAAGUUUCAGUUCAACCCACUUCACCAUGUUCCCCGCUGUGCUGGUCUCGGUCAUGCCGAGUUAACGGUGAAGCACCAUGUAAUAUGCAAGUGAAAGUUAGAGUUAGCCAUCUGCUAUUAGCCUUGCUGCACUGUUAGCCGUGCCAGUAACAGUAGAAUAAACAACAGUACACAUUACGUGAUCGAGCUACUUCUCUUACUGAGGCAGCUGCAUGUCUCCGGACCGAACACGAGUAACGUGAGUUAAGACGCACCAAUCGGCGGCGGGGGGAGGGUGUAGUUGAAAACGCUUUUCUGGUCCGAGUUUGAUCAGUCGGUCUUCCUGUCGGCGUGAAGAGCAGUAGCCUACACUACAGUAUGUAGUAUACUGUAGUAUAAAGUAUACUGUAGAUAUCUACAAUAUAUAAUACACGAUUACAGAUCUUCCAGUAUUCUUUAUUUAGUCGGGCUCUGAUAUCACGCUCACUCCGUCACUGUGGUAACAUCAGUCAAAGUCAGAGAAAUUAGUUUUCAUGAUAAAUGAUCCUUUUAAUGCAGUUAUUGAAGAUGUAUGAUGAUGAUUUUGGCAGAAGAACCACAAACCGAGGGAAGAAAUCAAUAGAGUAUUGAUUUUUGUUCAGGCCAUACGAGCCAAAAGUGUUAUAAUUUAUCAUGUUACUGUUUUCAAUAGAACCAGGAUCAUUUAUUAAUACUCGGUAGAGAUUAUAAUUAGGACCUGCCACUGACAAUUACAGGCUAAAUGUUGCUCAUGGCAGCAAAAAAAAAAAAACCUCUGCUAUCAUCACAGCAGACAUAUUUUUCAAUAAAUAUGAUUUUUUUAUUUUAUUCAAAGGUUCAGGAAAGUGUUUGCCAAAGCCAGUGUGCAACUCUAGGCACUUAUAAGUCUGAGAGGCUGGUAGAAAUAUUCAGAGAUGGCCUGCCUCUGCUACAGGUGAAGGAAAGAACUCGGUGUCAGAAUCUGAUGAAUGUGGAAAACGGUGAAGCUGUUUUAUUGCAUAACUCUGAAGAAAAGCAGAAUUAGCAGUGGGAGUCGUCUGAUAAGUAAGGCGUCUCAUUUGAAAGAGAGAAUUAAUGAAUCAGAAAGAAGACCUGUUAAAGUCUCUCUACCAUGUUGAAAAGGCUUGUCUUUUUGUACUUGAACCAAUUUAAUCAAGCUUCACAAACCAAAACAAACAUUUUUCAUUUUCGAUGUGUCAUGUCGUGACAUUCAAGUGUCUUUUGUGCGCUCCUGCCGCUCACCAGCAGUAAAUCAUGAAAGUCCUUUACCUAUCACCGUCCCCUUAUCUCAGUGCUGCGUAGUUAGCAUAGAUUCUGCUGUGUUCACAAUAACAGGAAGCUGCUGCAGGCUCGACACACACGUCAGUUUUGCUUCAUAAUUGAAAUGGAUUUUUUGUUUCCUUGAUAGGCGAGCCUGCUGUAUUCGCUCAGACCUUUAAAAAGCCUUCAGGGCCAGGAAAAGAGUGGGAUUUGUUUAGGUUUUGCAUCUCUUUCUCUUCCCAGCGUGAGAGCGACGUGAACAUACACUGAUUCUCUCAUGUGUUCGAGCAGAGCCUCAAGAGUUUGAGGUGAGGCUGUGUGCUCAUUUCUCAUCAAAUGUAAACCACAGCUCAUAAUAUAAGUAAGAUUCCAGUCGAAAUAAAAAGAACAUUCUUGCUGAGUCACAGAGAAGAGUGACGUGACAGGGAAAACCCAAACAUGGAAAGUCUUUGUAAACUUUAUUUCCAACAAGACAACGUGAACGAGGCAACUGAUGGUCAAGAACAUCUAGAGCAGUGGAUUCAGCACCUGAUUCAAAUGAUCAGCUCGUUAUCAAGCUCUCUAAUGGCUUAAUAAUAACGAGCUGAUCAUUUGAAUCAGGUGUGUUGGAAACAUCCAAAACAUGCAGGACAGUGGUCCUCGAGGACGGGACUUGAGAACGAAUGAUCUAGAGAAACAGCUGAAGGAGCUAAAAAUCUCUUUCCUGUCACAAAUUUACCAUGUUGACUCAGUCUGAAUCAUUUUCAUUGCUUUGUUUUCAUCCCGUCAGCUCGCAUACUGCACAUCGGUCAAGAUUCAGUGAAAUAUCUACACUACAGCUUAAAUAGAGCGAAUAUCAGACCUGCAGUUGUUCAAACACGACUCUGUAAAUGUUACAGUAGUUACGCAUCAGGUCACGGACGAGUCUGGCAUGUUUACUUUAACUGAAAUCAUGAUUGUGUUGACCUCAUUCAACUCCUUUCUGCUGCUCUUACGUACACAGAAAAUCUCAAAUUGCAGAGUCAAAACUUGAUUCCUCAAUACUGGAGAUUUUGGCUCGUGGCUUAUUUAAUAGGUUAGGGAAUUUUUCAACAUGUGGCAAAGAAACUGUGGGUUUUAUGGUAACAGCGGGGAACAUCGUGAAGUGGGUUGAACUGAAACUUGUUGACUUAUUGUGUAUUUCACAAACUAGUUUAUUUAACGUUGAGGUGGACCACUCUCCUCCAUGCGUCACUGUGAGGUAGUUAGUGGAUGAAGAUUGUCAUGAGGUCGCUGCGCCAUCUACAGGAUAAGUUGGGGAACUUUUCAAAUGGUGGAACAGUUUCAAAGUGUAACUAAAUCUUAUUCUCCGCAUUUUAUUUCUGAAAAUAUCGAAGAAAAUCGGCGAGUUUUUGCCGAUUACCGAUUAGUCUCAAAAGGGCUAAAAUUGGCCGAUAAAUGGGUCGGGCCCUAGUAAACACUGACUAUUAAAGUAUGAAAUUAUAGAUAUUUUAAUUAGUACAGUGGAGUGUCAGGCCUCUUUUCUAGCCUGUUAUGAUAAGGCCGAGGUGGUGACAACUUAUUCAGGCAACCAUGACUGUGAAUAGCCAAGAGGGAACAGAACUGGAAAUUGUUUCAAGUGUUGGAAUCAUUUAAAAAGUUCUGGUGAGUGUUUGGACCUUUGCAACAAACUUUAAAAGAUGAAAUACUUAAAGAGAAAAUCAUUAAAAUGUUAAACGACAUGGAGAAGAUUUUGAGAUUCCUGCAGGAUUGGAUCUCUGCUGACAGUGACUGACAGCUGUUUUAUAUGGAUGAUGCUCUUCAUGAGGAGGAGGCAUUAUUGAUCUGCAGAGGGGCCCCAGGGUGCAGCUGGUGUUCAAACCAAAGAGCCAAACUCUCCCUUAUGAAUCAGACCUGAGUGGAUUAUUCAUGCAUAAAGGUAGCUCAUUGAUUUGCUCAUCAUCAGGCGUAUUAACGUCUUUGUGUGGAGUAUCGGGAGAACUUUUCACUCUUACUGUUCAGGCGUACUGCUGCUGUCACCGGUGUUUUACAUCGUCCCUAAAGCCAGACUCUUUGUGUUGUUAAACGCAGUCCUUGUUCUUGUCUUGAACUAUUUUGCCGAUGUCCUUCAGACGCUAGAAUAUUGUGUCUGCCUAAGCUUCCCCAGCUCCUCAGACAGUAUGCAGAGGCGGGGCAGACAUAGGCUGGCAUCUCUCCCAUGCUCAUAUUGAUAAGAAGCAGAGGUGAGUGCUUCUGUGAUGUUGAGGAAAGUGGGUCACAACUUACGCUGAAAACGUUUUAUCUGAACUGACAACAGAGGAAGUCGCUGGCUGUAAAAACGAGACUCAUCCUCGCUCGUGGAAACCUAUGGACUCAUCGCAGUAUCGGCUUUAAAAGGCUGGACUCACUCCUGGGAUCUUUAUCAGACAUGUUUGUUUAUAUGAAGGGUUCACAUCCGCUCCAUGAUCAGCUGUGUCUUUUCUUUUGUCUGGUGUUGUCAUAGGAUAUAAUUCAGUCUGGGAGCCUAGAGGAAAUCUGCUGCUGAGUUAUGUUUGAGUCACAAAGCUUCAUGGUCGCCGAUGCCCUCUAAUGUGGUGUUAGUAAAUAACCUUUGAACCCUCGUCCGUCUUUCCAGGCCGCAGAAUAUCGAGCUUGGUGCCACGGGGGGAGCCUCCAAAAAGGACAGCAGCAACAUGGACGACAUGACUGUGGAGCAGAUCACCAUGAGGGCCAACCAAGUGACUGAUGAGGUACUGAGUCACACAGAGAGAGAAUCUCUCUUCCCUCUUUCUCUUCGUUUUUAUUUCUGAAUUUGAAACUUGCCUUAAAGGGAUUUUCCUCUAACCUAAAUAUUCUGUUAUCAAAUGCUACAACGACAAGCUGGAGACAGAAGUCGAGGUGGAACUGAGAGUUUUUGAGACAAGCUGAGCAUCCAGAUAGACCAUAAGUUGUAGGAGUGUUUUGAGAAGUUUCUGAGUAUGUUUUGAUUGUGUAUAUUUCUAUUACUCUUUAUUUUUAUGGAUACUUGCCUGGUUAUGCUCUCUGACACUUCCCUACUCUUACACAAACAGCAAAAGCGAUCGAAACUGGAAAAAAAGGGAAACCUCAAGCAGACACUUAGGCUGUGUCUGAAAUGGAUCCCUAACCCCUACAUAGGCGACUACAUGGGGGUUAGCGCCCUUUUGAAGGGUGUCCUAAACCUGAGUGAUCAAUUCCAGUGCCCCAUAUAGGCGACUCAAAAUUUCCCAUAGAGCAUUGCAAAAUGUAGUGACCAUCCGAUGGUCACUCAUCAGUGGUGGGGCAUCCCGUCAUGCAUUGCGUCAUGCCAAUGCUGUUACCAGACAGUAGUGUUGUAGUACUUGAGAUCGGUCUUUUUGGAGGAUCUUGAUGUCGUCUCAGAAUCGAAGGCAUUUUCACUCUUGUGUCUUGUCUCGGACUCGGUCCUCUCUGGUCUCGGUUGGUGCGGUCUUGACUACAACACUAGUUCCCAGGGAAGUCUUAAAUAACGUCAAGAAAGUCUUAAGAUGUCCUGAAAUAAAUUGUAAAAGUGUACAGCAAUAAAGUUUUUUGUUGUUGUUGUUGCAAAAAGCUAGGAUAGACGGCUCAAAACCACACAGGUUACAGGAUUUUUUGUAUUUUUUCUUCCAAACUUUAUUUGAAAUCACAAUAUUUUGUACAUUUUGAUUUAAUAGAAAUACAUAUCAAUCUGCAAAGAACUCAUAUAAAGAAAUUAGUGCCUGCAAUCGAAACAGCACAAGCCCAUAACACAUUAACAAGGUAAAAAAAUAAAAUAACAGGAGGUGACAUUUCAACAAAAAGUGCUUUAAUCGUGUAAAAGAAAUAGGAUUAAAUUAAAGAGUAAGAGACUUUGACAUUGUCUGAUACGGUUCAUUCAUAGACUGAUUCUCCUCUAAUGCACAGAUUAAAGAUGUAGUUUGCAGAAGCAGUCCAAAGCUAAAAAUAUUUUCAUUUCCAGAACCCUUUAAAGUAACUCAUUAAAACAGGAGCUGACUGAAGCAUGUGCCUGCCACGUUUUUUCCCCGUAUGUAGAAAACAUCAAACUCUUUUUAAAAUGCCAAGAAAAACCGUGAUCUCAUUUUCUUUUACAUGCAAAGCUGCGGCAUUGACAAAUACGUGAAUACUGUGAUUUGCAUGUCGAAAUAUUUUGUUCAGUCACACCCACCGUAACUGAAAACAAUCCAGAUUGAUCACAGCUUUGAUUGAAUAAUCAUUUUAGCCGCCAUCGUAGUGAAGGCGGCACAUUUUGGCUCGCUUUGAAAAGCUUCAGUAGGUGGAGAAUAAAUAAGCCAUCUUGGGGAUGCUUCAGCGCAGAACAGAGAGAGAGAAGAAGCUGUGCAGCGUAAUUGUAUUCUUUGCAUACACACACACACACACACACACACACACACACGGUUUGUUAUUUAGCUAAGCAUUUAUAGGAAGCAUGUGAAGCUUUACGCCUAAUUUAGCCUGAUGGCUCCCUUACCCCUCUGCGGUUCUGACAGUUUGAAUGUCGUCAGCUAUAUCUAAGCGUUUUAUUAUCAAGGAGAUAAUUGUUUAAUCAGCACUCCGGGGCAUCAUAUGAUCAACCAUCUGAUUCAAAUGGAAGCAAAUUAACCGACUCAAGCCGGGCUGGUCGCUGCGCUCUUUACCUUCCUGUGAUUUUGACUGUUUAACUUUCCUCUCUUGUAUCUUCUCUCCUACGUGUGCUUUCUAAUCUAACCUGCACAUUUCUGUUUUUUUCUUCCUUCUCUUUCUUCUUUCUGCUGCCGCCUCGUUGACUUAGCAGAUCUUAGAGAGGGCGUGGGCGUGGGAGGGUCCUUUGGGUAACCGCUCAUACCUGAAACUCUCAGAGCAUGGCUGGUAAUGUAUCAGGGCAACAUCGGCAUUCAUUGUGAUAAGAUUGUUACCCGAGCUGUUUUUUUGUAUCAUUUCAAGGUUGUUGUCCACGUUCAGAAGUUCGACACUGUGUCAAAGUUUUCAGAUGCAUUUGUUGGUGUGCUACUAUCUCAUUGUUUUGGCGUGUUGCUGCCAAUUAAUCCCCGUAGUGAGCUUUUCUGCCUUCAUUUGUAGUAGAAAAACGCUUGAAUUUCCGAGUAGAAAGCCUUGCAUGUACUUUGCUGGAAACCUGCACGUGCCUCAUCUAUCUGUACUUCCAUUAAAGCUGUCCCAAACAAAUGAUAAAAAUACCACGCCAUUGUCCCGCUCUCAAAGAUUUCUUCACAGCAUCCCAAUCUGGAAAACUUGGCUAAGACUGCGAUUUCAGGCUUAAUUAGCCAAGUUCAAGGAUUUUAGGAGACAUAAUGUAAUGUUUAUCCACCCAAGUGAUGUUCUGGCUAAGCCAACAGAAACCUGGCCGAGCCCGGCUCUUCUCUCUCGCCAAUUCUGUGUUUGUCUUUUUUUUUAAUUCUCAACUCGCUGAUUAAUGUAUUCAGAGCAAAGCUUCCACAGAGAGAAGGAGGAAUCUGGUCCCCACUCUCUCUUGUUAACAGUUCAUUAGCGGUGGUAACAAUGGAGUCAUGCCCCCAGUCGCUUCCGCGCUUCGCUCUCCUUUUGGAGGCUCUGCUCUCUUCACAGCUACGGUCUAAUAAUAGAGACACUAAGGCGGAACUCACCUGAACUGACUGCAUUCCUGUUUGCCCUCAACACUAAUGUGACUGCAUGUAUGUUGUCACUGUCUGACUAUUAGAUUAUUAGCAUGUGUGUGAGGCGUGUGUAACGUCACAUUACUGGAGAGAGUAAAGACACGGUGACAGACAGAGAUUAGACGAGAAUGUUUCAGCUGUAAAUCCCGAACUUCAUCCUCACUCAGUGUUUUUUCCAAUUCUUCUAUCGUGGAUUUAACAGCAGAUUAUCAAAAGUUGAAGCAUUAAAUAAAACAGAAACUUGAGAUCAUUAAGUUGAUAUUCAUAUCAGUUAUAAAAAAGCAGAAAAUCCUCACAAAGAAGAGGUUUUAAAAAUUAAAAAUUUGACAUUUUAAACUAUUAAUCAAUCAACUGAAACAGUUGAAAUACAUUUCUUAUUGAUGAAUUAUUUAAUUGCGUUAUAUUCAAAGCUCGAGAAGAGGAGCUGCUAAUGAAAGUUGGUUUUAUAAAGCAUCAGAAAUACAGAUAAAUAUUUAACAGAGUUUUUCAAAGCUAUGAAGCAAAAUCACUCAGAACUAAGAGGCUGAAAUAAUCAACUUUGAUGAUUUCUACGUAUUUAGGUUUUAUUUUUUUUAGUCUUAUCAACCUUAUUGAUUUCCAUAUGAUUUCAGCACUUUGUUAAAGCGGUGAAGAGGUGAGUGUUAGUGUUAGUGUUGGAUUAAUCACAAAAUCAUGUUCCUGCCUCAGCUAAUGUGUACCACAGGGCUUCACUGAUCUAUAGAACUAUUAGAAAAGGGUUCAUCUGAGACUGAAAUCAAUCUUUUGACUCAGAGGAGCUUCUGUAUGCAAGAGCAGGUUUUGAGACUGAGCAGGGUCUUAUAGCUCAAAGCCCCAUGAGAUGUUUCUUCUCAGGUAUGUUCGCCAGCCUUUUAAACAUUGAAUGAAUAUUAAUGUUGCAGCUUCCUCCAUGUUCGUCUUAUCAUCUGCAUCUUCUCAUUUGUCUUAUCCCUCUUAUCUUGCUCUCCUUCUUGUCUCCUCAUUCAUUCCUUUCUGUGGCUGGUUUUGUUCUGCUCUGUCUGUCACUCUCAUGCUGUUUAGGUUUUUUAUUUAGCCUUUAAUGUCAGCAGUGGAACAGUAGAUGUAGACCCCAGUCUGUGUUUGACAUGUGGUCCAUCCUGAAUCUCAUCUCAGACUGUGAUUUCAAUCAAAGCUGGUCCAGAAAGGUUUGAAUGCCCUCAACACUCGCUGAACUCCUCGUCUUUUUUUCCUCCACAGUCACUGGAGAGCACGCGGAGGAUGCUGCAGAUGGCAGAGGAGGUGAGACUGGAACAUUUUACUUCUGUUACGAACACAAAAGCACACAGUCCGCUGUCAUGUAACUGUUGAAGGACCAGCUCGGUCAGGAAUCAAGAAUUAGAAGAGGGGAGAUUUUUCGGUCAUCUGAGCUGGUCUUGUUUUGCAUUUACAAAUGAGUUUCAUUACUGUUGAGAUAAAAGUGUUUUUAAUAAAGCCGUGAUUACUGUUUUGGAAAAUAAGUCUGAGUAUUACGAGGACAAAGAUUGCUUCAGUGUUUAGGGACUAUUGUCUUUAUUAUUGUCGUGUUUUGUUUCUUUUGUAUAAUCUGUCAAACUUGUUCUUUGCUCCGUCUCCUGCUAAAAGCUUUAGGAAGACUUUUUUUGGACGUCCUUUUCACGCACGGUUGUUUUAUUGAUUUGUCUGGGAUGUAUAUUUUCUUGACACAUAGGGAAAUGAAAAUGAAAUAUACAAAUGACAGAAAACUAAAUAUGAAACUUCAUAUUCCAGUGUUGAAUAUAGAAAAAGUGUGUUAUCCUUUCACUGCUUGUGAAACUGUAUUUCUUCUUUUUCUUUCCAGAGCAAACAGACCGGCGUCAACACGAUGGUGAUGUUGGACCAGCAAGGAGGUAGCUGCUCAAUGUUGACACCACAGUAGUUAACUGGAGCAAAACUGAGCAGAUAUCACUGUACCAUCAUACAAAUGCUGUUAUUCCAAUUCUCUAGAAGAUUUCAAAAUCAGGCAACUGGACUGUGAAGACAUUUUGCCUCUUAUCCAAGAAGCUUCUUCAGUUCUAAAUAUUGCUAGUGUGAGGAGCAGAUAUUUAUCAGAACACUCAACCACCGGGCUGAGAACAUUCCCACAAAGAAAGAAGGAAAAGGAACAGAAGCACAUCAAAAAUGCCCCGACGACCUGUGGAUACCCUAAGUGGGCCUUUGUGAAGAACAGAAAGAGAAAAAACACUGAAAGGAUCUUUGGCAAACACCACAUUCCUGUUCACUUCAAGCCUGGUAACACACUAAGGCAGAAGCUAGUCCAUCCCAAGGACAAAACACCGAGACAUAAACAGAGUCAUGUGGUAUAUGCCGUCCAGUGCAGCGAGGAACGCUCGGACCUGUACAUUGGGGAAACUAAACAACCGCUUCACAAGCGCAUGGCUCAACACAGGAGAGCCACUUCCUCAGGUCAGGACUCAGCUGUCCACCUUCACUUAAAGGACAAUCAAGGUCACUCUUUUGAGGACAGCAAUGUACAGGUGUUGGCUCGAGAGGACAGAUGGUUUGAAAGAGGAGUUAAAGAAGUCAUCUUUACCAGGCUGGAGAAACCUUCUCUGAACAGAGGGGGUGGACUCAGGCACAACCUCACAGGCACUUACAAUGCAGUUCUCAGCUCUCUCCCCAGGAAGCUCCACAAACAUUCACACAUGACAGAGGUCGUUAACGGGGGGGAACACCCAGAGAUGGGUUUCUAUGACCCAUUCUUUCAGACUCCUCCCAGUCGUCGUUUUCCCCUUCUCCAGUAAGAUAAUUAUCUGCUCCUCCCACUAGCAAUAUUUAGAACUGAAGAAGCUUCUUGGAUAAGAGGCGAAACGUCUUCUCAACUCUACACAGUCCAGUUGCCUGUUUUAAGUCUUCAAGAAAACCAUGACCUGGCUGAAUGAGAAUCUACAUGAGCUGUUAUUCCAAAUUUUGUACAUUUUGAGGUGAUUUAAAAAAGGAAGAAACGCCCUCAUUUAACAUUUACAGAGAAUCCAAACAGUCUGGUGCCUUCACGGACGUGCACAUAUUUUCAGAUAUAGAGUAGAAGUCAGUUGUGCUAACUUCCCUCUGUAGCUGUGAGCGUUUAGAAAAGAUACUGAGUAAUAAAAGAGAGAUCGUGUGCACAUAAAUCUGUGUUUUAAGCACUUAGUCACAGUGUAACAGAAACACUUCCCCAGAGGGAGGAUGUUGAAACUAAAUGAAAAUAUCUGUGUUAGUAGAAAUAAUUUAGUGUUGUUAGUCGUUUCUGUAACUUCAUGUGUGUCCGCUGUCUUUGAUAUGUGUUCCCAGUGUGUAAAAACCCUGAUUUUUUCAUGAUUAGUUCACUCGUUCUACCUGCGGUGCUCUCUUUUAUCAUCUUUAUCCCGUUUUUCCUGUCGCUGCAAUGACCCAGUUACCGACCCAUUUUAGGAAUCCUCGCAGGGAUAAUUAAAGUUUAAUUAAAUCUAUUCCCGAAAUUGAUUAAUAAAGGUGAUAAACUAAACAAAAUUAACAGUAAAAACCAGUUCCUGCUGCAGAAAAAGUUCCCAUGUAUAAAAAAAAUAAGAGUGUGUGACAUGGUGUUGUGGUACCUUUGUGUGUUUCAGAGCAGCUGAAGCGUGUAGAAGAGGGCAUGGACCAGAUCAACCAGGACAUGAAACAGGCUGAGAAAAACCUGACUGACCUCUCCAAGUGCUGCGGCCUCUGCGUCUGCCCCUGUGACAGGUACAGCGUGCACUCAGAGCCCAUCCAGGCCCCAGAUCCCUCAUGUGUGUCAUCGGGCGUUUUCUUCCUCCUUGUUGUGUGCCGUGCUUCUCUCUUAGGAACUUAUUUUAGCAGUAAUAAUAUUCAAACUCAUUUAUGCAACAUUUUUCAGACAGGGCAAGCAGCUCAAAGGGCUCUACAAUAAAAUAAAAAGCCAGGAGAAGAAAUGAAAGAGAGGCAAAUUUAAAAAAAAAAAAAAGUGCAAAUGCAGCGUGUUGAAAUCAAGCAACAAACAAACAAAGCAGGCACCUCAAAGGAAGAGCAGAUUUCUGCGAAGAACAACAGACUGUGUGAAAUAUGUUGGUCUUAAAAGCGGUCAGCAUUUCCGAUCCAAAGCCCAAACAGACUGUUUUCUAGAUCCUGAAAGUUUUUGAAAAAACAAAGAGGGACAACAAACAAAACUAAUACCAACAAAGACUGACUGUAAACCAGGAGCCUUUUAAACUUUCAAAUCUCUCCUUCUAGAUGUAUACGUUGCCAAUGCCAUAGAUGCUUACUGAUGCUUCCUCAUACCAUCAGGAGUGCAGGCCCAUGUUUCCAAAAAGAGAGUCAGAAUUUGACGCUAAUAUUUUGUGUCAGUCCAUUCCCUCUCUGCACAGUUUCAGCCUGCGUUUGUGGACUAAAAAUAAAUGUGUGCGAAUUGUAGGGAUGUUCCCAGCGGUUAAUUUCACUGACGUUUAAACGACCAUUUUGAAACUGAAUAUUCAAAUACACGAAAAUUAAUGAACUCCCAGAAAAAUAGCCCAAAUUGAGCACAUGUCGAUCUACAUGGCCAGAUAUCAUCUGAAAUAAAUAUGAAGAGUACAUGAAAGCCAUACAUAUAAUAUUAAAAUAUGUUACAGAAUCUUAUUUUAGCGCUGGAGAAUGACAUAAAGUAUGUGAAAGAUCAAAGUAAUUAAGCUCAGCUCCGCUGCGCUCAAGCCAAGCAGCCAUAAGCACAAAAUGAAGAGUCUUCAGAGUCGGACAAAAUCACGUUCAACAACGUUUAUUUUCUAAACUAGACUUAAACUUUGCUGUUUUUUCUUACCGACAUCUCUCUGGCUGAUCGCAUGUGUUGAUUCACUCUGAGGAAGUUAACCCACGAUGCCAUGCAUGCUGCAGGCCAGAGCAGCGAGCCCAGAGCAGCGAGCCAGGCAGAAAGAGUCGCACGCAAAUGAUCCACACAUUUGAGCUUGUUUAAUGCACACUUUUAUUAAGACAUGAUGGUAAAAACGUAAUUUAAAAAAAAUAAGCUUUUUUUUCGCUUUUUUCUUUUCUUUUCUUUUUUUUUAGAAUAAACAAAUAUUAUUUACUAAACGGAUAGUGAGGACAGCCCCGUUUACACGUAUAACCGCGCAUAUCCCUAGCGAAUUGUAAAAUGUGUUUAGGGGCUCGUGUGGAGGAAAAAAAAAAUUAGCCGAGACGACAAAUGUUUUUUCAUGUAAAUACCACGGUGAAGUUAGUUUCAGGUUGGAUAUCUAAAGGACAUUCACGGCGGAUCUACCGGUGUCUUCUCACUCUCCAUAAUCGGGAAUAGCAACAACAGCAGUGCGGUUAAAUCUUCUCGGCACCCUCCCUGUCAACGUCAGGUGUUGAAUAAGGGACUGUCAAUAAAUUACCGGUUGAUUUUCUCAAAAAAGGCUUUUUUCCUUCAAUAGCUUCACUGUCACCAACUGACCUAAAAUUAAUUUAAAAUAAUAGUACUUAUGUGUGCUCCUUGUGAAAAAAGUCAGAGUCAAGCCCUCUCCUGUCUGUUUUGGAUGACGAGAUCACAGAGAUCUAGUCUUGGAUUUGGACCUUGUGCCUUCUGCAAAGAGAUUUUCUGAAUUUUCUUGAAUCGUAUCGUGUAAAUCAUGAGGCCCCCAAACUCCCCAAAUGCUUUUUUUUUUUUUCUUUCUUUCCUGGAACCCUUACUUGACUUUUUCCGCCUAGCAACAGCAGACCACGCUCGUCGGGUUUGUGGUGAUGUGAGCAGCUUGCGAACCCACAGAAGAAGUUUGAAGCGAGUGUUUAUAACCUGCGGCCGCUCUGUGACACUUUUCUCAACCUUAAGUAACAGUGAGAGUCAGCGACACUGAUCCAAUCUGAAAGCGUGAUUACAUGUGAACACAGCAUGAACUGCAGCCCCCGUUCACAAACACGGCAGGUAAUGGAGUGUGACGGGGAGAGAAGGAAAUACAAAUCUACAUGUCAAAUGUGUCCUUUUUGCUCAAUAGACUUUCUUAUACAAUUUGGUGGUUCUCCAAGUGGCAGGUGCUCUGCUCUGUGCUCAGCAUACGUAAAACUCUUUGAAUAGCAUCAGUGUGUGUGUAGAAAGAUGAUACCUGGUUCUAAAUUUGACCCCAAAUCUCCCCAAAAUGCUUUCACACUGGAGCAGAGGAGGAUUCUUUGAUGAGUACCAUAAGAUAAGGUAGGGGAUCAUUAUUGUUUGUAGGUAGAAAUCUGGAUUGUACUAACCUCUUGUGCAUGCGCUUUAGUGUGAAUUAGAAAUGUAGUUUUAUUUGAAUAAAGAGUUUUGAUUGUGUAGAAAAGCCUCUGAAAUGAUGUUUUGUUUUCUCUUCCAGGGUGUCCUCAAUCGAGCACGAUUCCCGGUACAAGCGUACCUGGGGUAUCGGAGGAGGUGAAGGCGAUGAGGCCAACGGCUCCAAAGUCGUCUCCAGGCAACCAUCAGCUGUCCGCAACGGGCAGGCUGCACAGGGCGUCUCCUCAGCACCAUCCGGCCCAUACAUCAAGAGGUGAGGUCCAGAAUGUUGUCUGAAUCAGGUUGUUGAUUUAGAAACCACACACAAUUCCCCCCACAGCCGCGAAGGACAGAUUGAAUAAUAAACCCUCCUUCCACGUGUGCGCUGCAGGGUAACUAACGACGCACGUGAGGACGAGAUGGAGGAGAACCUGGACGCGGUCGGCGGCAUUAUUAGCAACCUGAAAACGAUGGCCGUGGACAUGGGCAGCGAGAUAGACAAGCAGAACAAACAGAUCGACAACAUCACUUCCAAGGUUAGAGUCCCGGAUGAAUCUGAUUAUUUUCUCCCUCUAAACUCUUUGAUCAGACUUCAGACACACAGGGUCUGUCAUUUAAUCGCUCUGAGUCCCUCCAAAAUAAAACGUCCUGAAAUUAUUAUAAAAAAACAAACACAUCAAACGUGGACAAAAACAAUGAGGAGGAGGAGGAGGAUUAUCGCUCCACAUUUACCGUGUAAACCCUGUGGAGUCUUCCACCAGCAGGAACAUUACAGAGAUGUUCUGAAAUCCUCCUUUUUCCUGGUAAAACAUGUGCAUGUUAUUGAUUUAUUUAUUUUAUUCUGGAGUAUGUAAAUCCAUGUGAAGUUGGUGGCAGUCUUCUUUCUCUCUAUCUCUUUUUUUGGCGCACUGCUGAGGAUCUUGGUGUAUUAGCACCAUCUGUAUGAGACUGAGACGAGCGUGAAACAAAUGGCGCGACCGUGUGUUGUUUCCUACAUGUGCAUAAAACAUCCUCCAGUCUGCAGUUAAAACAACAAAAAACAACUUUUAUUUCAUUUUUUUUAACUCUCCUUUCUUUCUGUUUGUCUUCUUCCAGGCGGACAUGAACAAAAUGCGCAUCGAUGAGGCGAACCAGAGAGCCAACAAACUCCUCAAAUAGAUGUGAACCAACUUGGAGCUUCUGUCGCUGCUCACACACAAACUCCCACUUCUUCUUCUUCUUCUUCUUAAAAAAAGAUACAUUCUUUUUCGGAGGAUAAUUUUUCCAUCAGUUUGCACUAAAAAGUAAUUCUGCGUUGAUACCUUAAAACAUAUUGUGAAUUUAAACCCCCUUAUGAUGGUCAUGUCGGACGCUCAGGCGGGACAAACUGCGUGAUAGAGGAAGUGUGUGACAACCACAGACACACUCAGCCUGACGUGUCACAUUUCAACAUUCACAGAUACGGAAGCAGCUGCUUCUCUUUCGAAGUUACUUUCUUUUUUCUUCCUUAUAGUCAGCGUGUAUGAAUCCUCUCUGUGUGUGGGCUCACAGAUCUAAACUCUUCUCUAUCUUACAGAUUUUAUUUAUGUAUCACCCUCUCUUGGUCUCUCUACCUACAUACAGUUAAAAUAGUAAAAUCUAGGAUCUUUAGUCGACAGCGAAGCUAUUUUCUUCCAUUCUUAUCGGGGAAGUGUCAUUGUAUGGUUUGUGUUAUUUUGCUUAUUUAAUUCUUCCUUAUUAAAAGCAGAAAUGACGUGUGAGUAAAGUUGUUUUUUAACACUUUGUUCUCAUGUCAUUUGUGCCUUUUUGCGUUUCAAAUGUGCUUUGGAGUGAGUCACGGCGAAGUCUUUCAUGCUGGAAUUCAAAGCACCUACCCCUGAAUGAAUGAAGCAAUUCAAUGUUGUUUUUGUAACUCUCUCUAAGAGCUCAAGAGUCAAGGUUGUUAAUAUUUUCAUGAAACUUGUAACCUGGUGUUAGAGAAUUAAUAUAUACCAAUCGCUGGUGGAGGCAGGUCAGUUCAUCAUUUCCUCCUCCAAGGUUUUUAGUUAACAUCAUAACAACCUCGUAAUGUUGACUCUCUCUUUUAAUUCUCUGGUAAUCUAACGUCUCCAUUACCUCUCGCUUAGUAGAGAUUCAUGGCGCCCCAGAGGAGGUUUGACAGCAUAUGCAGGGUCUCCUAUAAUAUAAGCGUGGGGCUCCUCAGAGAAUUAACUUCCUCUAGUUUGAUAACUAAAACACAAGGAUGUCCCUUCUCAGUUUCAGCACUCACUCAUUAGGGCAUUUGUUGCAGUCCUUUCACGACAAAACCAGCCUGGGGUCUUUAAAUCAAAGUUUAGACGUCCAGACUUGCAGAAACUCUGUCACUGCCUUUUAGAUCAUCCACGGUUGUGUUGUAACAGCCGGUUUAUCCCAAACUCCUAUUUCUGCAUCUGUUUUGUAAAUAGCCAGCUUGCACAGCAGAGCUUCCUUAAAAAGAUAACAUCUGAUGAUGGAAAGCAUCAUUUGUUUUUGUCGACGCAGAAGCUGCCGAGGCUGAGAAAUUACUGCUGGCAGCCAGACACAGAAGUCUACAUGUAAAUGAACGAUGUUCGAGGAGGUAAAUGCAGAAGCAGAGAAAGUCCUGGCGGGCUGUUAAGGCACCGCUGUGGAAAAUUGGCUAAUGAUGAAGCGAUACAGUAUGCUGAAAGUAUCUCUCAUGAACCUUCUGGUGUAUUUGCUUUGAAGAAAAAUGAUCAUUUGUGUGCUCUGCUUCAGGCGUACACCUACUGAGUUAGUAAAGAUUGAAAUGGACUGAUAUCAGAGUUCUGCACGGCUAUAAGUGAUCAUCCUCGGCCUGUAACGUGUCAGCUGAGAUCUAAUUAGUCCAGCCUGAGGCUACCUCGCUGUCUUGAGGCUGUUUACUCAUCGAUUUACCAACAGCCACUGGAAUGUAAAAGCAACAGUAUGUCUAUUUUAAUAUGUUUAUAUGCAGCUUCACCUUUUCUGAAAUUAGCUCUGUUAUCGGACAACAAUGUAAAAAUGCCUUUUUUCCACACCUGCCUUUGUAUAAUUGUUUGUAAUCAAUAAAUCUAUUCUGAAAAUUCUU